CUACCCAUUUGUGUCUAACCAACCAAUGCAUUACCAUGUUCUUCCAUCAGAGGGAGACUGAGACUCAUAAGCCAUUGUCAGACAUUGGUCCCUCUGGAUGUGAAGCUGCUGAUGUGAUUUAUCUGCUGGUUUGGCAUCAACAGUUUAACCUCCCGCCAUCCUCUCUCUCUUUAGCUGCCAAUCAGCUGUCUGUCUUCUCUUCCCGCCAGUGAUGCCCCUGCUACACACGCUUGGCUUGCAGGGAAUCUGCCUAUAAUCUGCAGCCUGCCAUCCGUCUGCCAAUGGAGAAGGAACUUGCAUCCUCAAAGCAGUAUGGAUCCUUGGAUUUCACUAAUUGGAAUCCCACAGCACCAGCCACAGGUGAAGACGUCAUUUCAAUGGCCGAUUCCACAACGACCAUUGAUGACAUUGAGGAUGAGCUGUGUAAGAUCGAGAGAAUUCGGGAGAUCCUAAUGAGGAGAGAGUCAGAGCUCCGAUACAUGUUGGAUGAUUUCCAGCUAUGUAAAAAGAUUACCAUCUUAAAGAAACAGUUACAGGCCCUGGUUUAUAUUCCAGAGAAGGACAAGACCUGGGAAGAUCGUAAGAAGGAAGAGCAGAUCCUGCAGUGUAUUAACAAACUGGUGGAGACACGAGAUUUCAUGGUGGAUGAUGUGGAGUUUGAGAGAUUAAGGGAGAGGCAAGAGGAUAAGGAGAUGGAGGAAUUUCUUCAGAGCAAAUUAUCCAAAAGCUUUCUGAAGAAGGCAGUCUUUAGAAAGGAAAAGCCAAGGGCUGUUCCCUCCCGAAAACCCUCUGCACCGUUGGUCAGCAGGACAGGGCUGACACUGCUAAAGGACUGCUGUGGAUUCACUUGCUCUGUUAUGUAAGCACAAAGAAUAAGAGCCAAAAUGGCUGCACUGCUGCUCUUGAUUCUGAUUAGCCAGCAUUGGGGCAACGUGUUGAUACAUCUCUCCCAGCAGCCAUUCUGUGCUUCCAUGGCACAAGCGGCACAGCCAGGCAGUCUUACUGUAACAAAAUCACUGAAUUCACAUAAUUUAUGAAGGACAUUGCAGCAAUAAAGCCUUCAGCAAGGUAAUCAUAUCAUAACUGCUAAGCAACAUGAAAUGCAAUCUCUGUUGCAGACCUUCUCCUUAGUUAGCAUUGCUGAACUAUAACGCAUAGCAUUCCAUGCAGGAUCUGCAAAAGACUUGAAGUUUCAGUUCUCGUUACAGACAGAUGGAUGGACAGACUACUGGAACAUUUUUGGCUCUGUAUACAGUGUAUCCCUCAUAUAGAUUUUGUUCUCUAUCUGCUGUAAUUCAGUGUAUUUAAUAUUAUACAGGGGAAUACAACCCACAAAAUUAUAUGCUGACUAGUGAAAGGAAAAUAGAAUUCUAAGCAACUUCCCAAUAUCCAUUUAUUUCUCAUUCCCAUUGGGUUUAAAGUUAUCUGUUAUCUGCCAUAGCUCUUGAACUGUACUGCAUAUGUACUUGGUCUGAACAGCUGCAAAGGACCACAAGGACCUUUCUGAAAAUGGCAAGAGGGCGAUGGACCAGCCUGCAGUUAAACGUUCACAUUUGCAAUCACCUAGAAUAUUUGUAACCCCCAGUGAUUUACACUUUCCUUUCCAGUGUGAAUGAGGAUUUAAUGCAUAUUUAAAAGAUGCAUAGAAUUAUAAUUAUGAAGAAAUGUGAUAUUUUGAAUUAUUCUCCCUUUAAAUACAGUUUUAUAUAGGGAUUUUCUCAGAUGACUUGCUAUAAAUGCACCAGCAGGGUUGUUAUUACAUGGAAUGGGACUUUUUAAGUCUCAAGGUUAGCGGUUAGUUCCCCUUAAUUUGCAGUUAGCCAUCAGGCUGUGCCUUUAAUUGUUAGUAAUAUAAUAGGUAAAUGGCUUACGGUAUGCCUGUCACUGUGCACCAGAGGUGAAUGUCAGCUAGAAAAUGGACAUACUCCAUGUAUUCAUAGUCUUAUAGAUUCCUGAGUAACUGCAGAAUGAAAUCUAGGGUAAUCACAUAAUGAAGAUCAAGUUGCAUGACGCAGAAAUGGUUAUGUGAUGUGCUGCACCCCCAUUCCUGGGUUUGUGUAAAGCAGCAAGAAUUGAAACCCAGGCAACAGGAAACAGCCUGUCCAGUAUUGUUUUUACAUUAUCCUGGGUUAUGGAAAUGGUUAUAUUUAUGUUUGUGGUUUAUUUAAUAUCUUAUUUCAUUGUUGGAAUGGGACGCCUUUAAAUGAAUCCCGAAAUCAAAAUAAAAAAGCAUUUAAUUGCAACUGAAUGAUUGCGUUAUUCACAGUAUAAUGAUAGCGCCACACUGGGGGCAAAAAUCAGCUAGCUGAAAUACGCUGGCUGAUUUCAGCCCUACCUCGGGCAGUAGCCUCCUCUCUUUUCCACAUUCAUAACUGUUGAAUUGGCUUGGCGCUAACAGACUUCGGCAGAUUUCAUCUCAAAAUGCAGAGACUCAUGGUUCUUCAGUGGAAUCCUCCUGAGUCUGCACCAAAGUCGAUUCAGCACUUACAAACGAGGAA